AUCCAAAAACUCUUCGUCUGCUACGUUUCACUCACUCAACGGGAAAUGUCACCUAUCCGUUAAGAGCUAUUAGGAAUUCUAUUUCUUGUUUGUGUGUGUUUAUUAUAUUACAGUGUUAGUGCUGAAGAAAAAUGGAGGAAGGAUAUGUCGACAUUAACCAUAUACCAACUCGUGUGAUUACAGUUGGUGGUUGGAUUGAUCAACCAAUCAAAAAGAGACAUUUGAUAAUUGUAAUUCCAGGUAAUCCAGGGCUGAUUGGCUACUAUGAAGAGUUUGUCAGAUCACUUCAUGGUGAACUGCUAGGUAAAUAUGUGAUAUGGGGACUAGGUCAUGCAGGGCAUGAUGUUCCUAAAAAUGUGAUCUUACCAACUAUAAAUGAUAAACCAGAGCUCUUUACGCUUGAUGGUCAAGUGAACCAUAAAAUCAAAUUUAUUGAUACUUAUGUUCCUACUGAUGUGAACUUACACUUCAUUGGGCACUCUAUUGGAGCUAAAAUUUGUGUCGAGCUUGUCAAACGAUACCGGAAGACGCACAAUGCUGCGGCCUACCUACUGUUUCCUACCCUCGAGCGAAUGGCUCAAACUCCAAGUGGAAGGAAACUGUGGCCAAUCCUUGGCCCAUUUAGAAAAGUUGUCGUCCUCGCGGCGUCUUUGAUUAAUCGGCUUCCAGAAUCGUGGCUAACAACGAUUGUUCAAUGGGCCAUGCGUUCGAAAGGAAGUCAAUUGUCUAUUGAAAGUUCGACGUCAUCGGCUCCUGGUGCGCCGGCUAUAGUUCACGUAAACGUGAGAACUACCAUGAGUCUCCUACACCCACAGGCGCUGGAACGUUCUUUGUUUAUGGCUCACGACGAGCUCAAGGUGGUGGGUGAAUUGAAUGCUGAGGAUAUUCGUCUUCACAGCGACAGGCUUGUGCUGUAUUUCGGAACCAAAGACCAUUGGUGCCCAUUGGAGUACUACCACAACUUGCAGCUCCAAGUGCCUGAAGCCAGAGCUAUUAUCUGCCCUCACGGAUUCGAACACGCUUUCGUCCUACAGUCCAGCCAACAGAUGGCCACCAUCGUCAGUGAAUGGAUUAAGGAAUUUUCGUAACAGUCUACGCUGCGUGCCGCCUGCCUGCCCGUUGCUCUGAAUAAUCAGGUGAUUUACCAACUGAUAUGAAAACAGAUUCAAAAUAGAAAAAACAAAUAAAAAAAUCCAAAGCAUUUACGUGUUCAAUGUUGACACGGAAUCGGAGCAAGGUGUCAUAACGUGUGGCCUGUGUGUGUAUAUAAGAGAUUCAUUUAAACAAAGCGUCAAGAUACGCCCUGACGCACCUCUAUAUUCCUAUGUGAGAAAGAACGCGUCAGAGAAAACAAAAAAAGAAUGAAACCGCAUUGAAAUUCCAAACCGCUUUGUAUGUGUUUGUGUUGUGGGCAUUCACGCUGGGCUGAAACCGGAAUCUCAUCGAUGCGGGACCACGCGCGAGCCGAGAGAUGAAGAGUAGCUCUGGCCCGUCUGAUGGUAGUAGUUGCAUUUGAGGAGGUGUGUUCCACUCCAAGUACGACGCGGCUCACCGUAGCGCGGUGUUUUAUUGCGGCUGCUACGUCAGCCGAUUGAAUGUUUGUCUUUUUAUCGGUUGCACACGGGAAACUGCAGUCUCUUUCGUACAGUACCGCCGGUCGCCGUUAGAAUGUUGUGGUUUUUCUAUCGUUUUGUUUGGCGAUUCCGCAGCUGUUGGACGAUGCAACCGCCGAUAAGUUCUCGUUAUCUUUGUUGGCUUUAAGCCAUUUCCCGUCAACCAAUUUGUCAUCAUUUUUAUUGUCACAAUACCAUAUUUUUUGUUUCUAAUCGGCGGGCUUUUCUCGUUUGGCAACUGUUUUGAGUCUCCUUGGUAGCACUGAUAAUAACCAACGAAGAUAAUUCAAAUCUUUUAUUUCCGACAGGUGGACACAAAACUGGCUAUGCAAAUUGGAUAAUUUUCUCUUCCCAUAAUUUUUUUUUGUGUGGGCUGGACUAGCGAUUUGUUUAAGGAAUUCUGAAAUGAAAAUUCCGGGUUCAAUCAUGUUUAAAACACUAUAUAUUUGAAUGGUAUAUUAUACACGUAUUAUAUUAAACCUUUUUUUUUGUUUUUGAAUAAUUGAUCCAUCAUGAAAUUUUACGUCUCUUGCACAAGUUGGUUAUCGAAACCAAAAAAGAAAAAAUGUCCACCCGAAUCGAAAAAUGAAUGAAAAAAAAAAAAGAUGUUCCCCGUAAAAACAACAAUUGAAACAAAAUAUAGGUAAAUGUUGAACGGGGAAAUAAACAUUAGCCAGUGUUUAUGGGCUACAUUAAAGUUGAAAACAGCAUUUAAAAAAAAAAAAAGACCAGUUUUUCUUUCUCCUUGUUUUCU